AUUUUAUCUUUUUGGGUCAGAUUUCUUUAGAGGUGUUAAACCCUGAAAAUUGGUUUUCUUGGUAGCUCGGAAUCGGAUCAAAAAAUGACGAGAGCGGCUCUCCUUCAGUUGCUGCGAUCACAGUCCAGACACCUCGCAUCCUCAAGCUUCCGCUCAGGUUAUCAGCCGUGCAGGUCUGCAGCAUGGGCUGCUAGUCUGAACACUAAACUGGGUUUCAACUCUGGCUUCGAGAUCAAUGCUUCACAGAAACGAUGGGCUUCUCGUGCCACAACAAGAGAAGAUGAUGGCAAAAUCAGCAUUGGACCACGCAGGGGUGGCGAAAUUGGGGAAGAUGAAAAGGACUCUGGGGUUGUUUACUAUGGCCCAAUCUCAUCUACUAUCAAGAAAGUGAAACUUCUCUCGCUGUCGACCUGCUGCCUUUCUGUAUCUCUAGGCCCUGUGAUAACCUUUAUGACAUCUCCUGGUAUGAAUGUGAUCUUGAAGGGUGCAGUGGCAUCUUCAGUGAUAUUCUUGAGUGCUUCUACCACAGCCGCUCUUCACUGGUUCGUGACCCCAUACAUUCACAAGCUCAAGUGGAAGCCUGGUUCAGACAGUUUUGAGGUGGAAAUGAUGUCAUGGCUUGCAACAUUCAUUCCGAGGACUAUUAAAUUUUCUGAUAUCCGGCCAGCAGAAACCAACAGGCCUUUUGUGACUUUUAAGGCCAAUGGAAACUUUUACUUCGUGGACGCAGAUCAUUGUCAUAACAAGGCUUUGCUAGCAAGACUGACCCCGCAGAAAGAAACUCGUGAGUCGGCUUUUAAGAACUUAUGAUCAUGUGACUCCUAGUCUCGGAAGUUUUGCUCGUUGUGGCUGAAUUAUGUUAUAGAAAUCAUGUAUUGCAAUGAGAUUUUGUGGCACGUACCACUUUUUUUUUAGACACCGACACUGGUUUCGGGUACUUUGGAUUAGAGAAAUAAUUGACAUUUGCUUAAUAUGAUUAGUGUGCUCUGCAAACCCCAUCCCCAUAUCUGAA